AUGUCUGGAACUAACGAUACCAACGGUGCCGCGCAGGCAGAGACACCGCUAAAUCGCGCAGACGAAGUCAAAGACUUGCUCACUUCACUCCAAGAUUUGAUCGUCCCCUUCAUUGCCGCUGCAGAUGAAGACGCCAAAACAAAACACACUGGCCAUGGUCUCAAGGUCGAAGGCGGCGGUCCGAGAACCACACUAGUCGAGCACCAUCCUCCUAAAAAGCUUGAAAGUAUUUUGCAGAAAGAGUUGGAGAUUGGUAACGAUGCGGGUGGCAAAGAGGGCUUGAUGACGCUUGUGGAAACGAUUCUCAAGUACAGUGUGAACACUUGGGAUCAGGGCUUCUUGGACAAGUUCGCCUCCAACGCUACCGCCAUCGUCGUCGCCCGCAACACCCUGUACCCCGAAACCAAAUCCAACGGCAACGGCAAUCUGAACCUGAAAAUCUUCACAUCCGCGCACGGCCAUUACAGCGUCGAAAAAGCCGCAAACCUCUACGGCUUCGGCACAUCCAGCGUAAUCCCCAUCCCUGUCGACUCCCAGGGAAGCAUCAUCCCGUCCGAAUUCGAAAAACUCGUGCUCGCAUCAAAGGACAAAGGAGAAACCCCCUUCUUCCUCAACGCCACAGCCGGCACCACAGUCCACGGCUCCUUCGACCCCUUCACCGAAUUAUCCACCAUCUGCCGCGCGCACAACAUCUGGCUCCACAUCGACGGCAGCUGGGGCGGCCCCGUGAUCUUCUCGCCCUCGCACGCACGCACGCGUCUCGCCGGCGCCCACCUCGCAGAUAGCAUCACCAUCAACCCGCACAAGAUGCUCGGCGUCCCGCUGACGUGCAGCUUCCUGCUCGGCGCGGACAUGAACGCUUUCCACCGCGCGCUUACACUGCCCGCAGGGUAUCUGUUCCACAACGAGGCCGGCACACAAGCGCGGGACAUCUACGACCUGGCGGAUUUGACGCCGCAGUGUGGGCGCAAGGCGGAUAGUCUCAAGUUCUUCUUGGCGCUGCAGUACUAUGGCGCCAGCCACUUCCAAAGAGUGGUGGAGAACGGGUAUGCGAAUGCGGAGUAUCUGCUGGCCAAGUUGAAGGAGAGUGGCAGGUUUGUCACGAUUAGUCCGGAGCCGUUGCCGUGCUUGCAGGUGUGCUUUUAUUAUGCAAAGGAGGGGAAGUUGGAGGAAGAUGCGGAGGGGAAUAGCAAGGCGACGGCGGAUAUUGCAAACAGGCUGAUUAGUCGCGGGUUCAUGAUCGACUAUGCGCCAGGUGAUAAGGGCAAAUUCUUCAGGGUUGUCGUGAACGGAGGGACUAGGACGAGUACGCUAGAUGGAUUGGUCAAGGCGCUCGAGGAGACGGCGAGCGAUUUGGGAUUUUAG